UUGUCUACUUGGUUAUAGUUUAUUCAACGUUAUUUUAAAGUCUUUGGGAGGACUUUUCUUUUUCUCUGUUCUGUUAUAGUUUCUUGAUUCUUGAUGAUGAAGAACUCAAUUUAUCAAAAUACAGUUUAUUUAUCUAUUUCUGUUGAUAAUUGGAGGGGAAAAGCAAAAAGUCUAAAGAAAUGGCUCAUUAUUUGGAUUCAUCUUCUUCUUUAGUCCCUCCUUUGAUUGCUAAACCCAGCAAGGUUGAUCUUGAAGCUGGUAACGUUGACCAAAUUCAAUGCCGUAUUUGCCUUGAAAGUGAUGGCAUGGAUUUUAUUGCACCGUGUAAGUGCAAGGGUACAUCAAAGUAUGUUCACCGAGAAUGCCUUGAUCAAUGGCGUGCUGUGAAGGAAGGAUUUGCAUUUGCUCAUUGUACGACUUGUGAGGCUCCCUUUUACUUGAGAGUUAACGAUCUUCAUAGAAAAUGGCGAACCUUAAAAUUUCGGUUCUUUGUGACCACAGACAUUUUGGUCAUCUUUCUCGCUGUUCAGCUUGUUAUAGCUUCACUGGGAUAUUUAGUAUAUGUGAUUGAUACACAUCAGAAGUCAUGGCUUCGUUUGCACUGGGGGUUUGGCAGCGAACUAUGCUUCUAUUACAUAUGCGGGGCAGUGUUGUUUUUCGCGUUGAUGGGCAUAUCUGGUUGUUUCUUAACUUGCUUUGAUGAAAGUGUGCGUGAUGAUUUGGGUCAGCCCUGCCAGAAUGCAUUGUCUUGUUGCUCUUGCGAUGGAAUGUGUGCAGAUUGUCAUACGCGUCGAACAGGUACAACUUAUAUCUGCAUCAAUUGUAACAUAUGCUCAGAGAAUUGUUCGAACACGACAUGUGAAUGUUGCUCCGAGAAUCAUUCUUGCACAGAAUGUGAAUAUGGGAAUUGCUUUGGAGGUGAAGGUGAAUCUGGGAUACCGGUAUUAUUAAUCAUAGCUGUAAUUGUGCUAGCAGUGUUUGCCAUCUUUGGCAUGUUUUACAGUGUUUUGGUUGCUACAAUGGUUGGACAGAGAAUUUGGCAGCGACGCUACCACAUACUUGAGAAAAGAAUACUGACAAAGGAAUAUGUUGUUGAGGAUGUUGGCGAGGUGGCUAGUAAUGAUUCGUCACCGCCGCCAUUGCCACAGGAGCAUGUUCAGCACCUGGAAUCACUUGGACUUCUAUAAACUUGAAGGAGUUGACAAAGGAAAACAACAGAGGGAUUACAGUCCAUAUUCACCAAUACAAAAAUUUCUUUGAACUCAAUAUUUUUUACUUAUGUGCAUAGUUUAUAAAUGAUCACAUGUAAUUGUUGAAGAAAUUGAUCAUUGAUAAAUUAAGUGAAGCAACAUGAUGCAUCCCAACUAUAGGUUGCUUCAAGAAAGUAAGAAAACUCUCUCAUAAUUCCUUUUGACUCAAAAAGUUUUGAGGUGCC